CAGUUUUCACGGGAUAAUCCACUUUAUUGACAGUGUCACUCGGUGACGUUUAUUUAUUUAUAUUUAUUGCGAUUAUCCCGUUAUAAAUGGGCAAAUCAUAAUAAACAAUUAAUUGAAAUAUGUAUUUGCUUACCAUUAUAUAAUGCGUAAAGUUAACAUUGACAAUAGACUGAUAAGGAAGCGACUAAGAGCUGUUCAAAAGAGGGCCAUUGAAAGAGGCUUAAAUGGGUUGAUGAAACAAUACAAUUACAUUUGUGAUUACAACGAUGUAGUCGAAACGAAACGGACUAAUAAGAAGCUAGUUGUCUUAAUUUUGUCGGCUUUUAUAGUAUUAGUGCUAAGCGUUAAUUUCUUAAACAGUAUUUUAAGUGCUAGAUGUCUAUUACCUAGUAAUUACUUAGUGUGGGAGGCGACGCGGCCUCUCGCGGAUUGUUGCUAUUGUGAGAAUGUUACGAAACCAAUUAUAUUGUGGAACGUCACACGGCAAAAUUUUGAAGAAUAUGCGUACAUGCGGAGACCCAUUAUAGUUAAAAAUGCAAUAAAAAACUGGCGAGCUACCAAAGAGUUUAGUUAUAACAUGUUUAAGAGGCUGUAUGAGGAGACGGAGGGCAGCUAUGAGAGUCUUGAGGAAGGAUGUCAGUUCCUCAAUUUUAAAACAGAUCUAUUUAGCCUUAAGGAGGUCUUCAGUAUGCCAGAUGCUAGAGUAAGGAAUGAUGAUGGGCAAAAGCCCUGGUAUGUGGGAUGGGGUAACUGCCACCCAGAUAUUUUGGCAAAGGUCAGACAGUAUUACAAUAUUCCAGAAUUUUUACCUGAGGAUGCAGAGUUUCCUGCCACUGAAAAUAUAUUUUUCGGAUUUGAAAUUGGAGCUGUAAUGCAUUUGGAUUAUAUACCAAGACUGAUGUGGCAAGGUCAGGUGCUAGGCAACAAGACAUGGUCUAUAGCACCGGUGCCAGAGUGUGACCAUGUCUGCCAUAAGUUUGACUAUUAUGUGGAGCCUGGAGAUGUUGUCUUAUUGGACACUCGCGUGUGGUACCACUCUACAACUAUACCGAAGGGUCAAUUUUCUCUGACAGUGCAAUCAGAGUACGGAUGAAAUAACAGAUUACACAUAUUACGCCAAGACUUAGUACAAAAGUGUUCUGUAACAUAUCUAGAUGCCAAAUUAUACACGUUUUAUACAAGCUAUUUAUUAUCUUCGAUAUAUUGCAUUAAUGUGCCAUUUAUACCUAUGUAGUGCAACUAUAUUUUGCUUUUAAGCAUUUUUUGUUUUUAUACAUAUACCUAUUUAUUUUUCA